AUGGAGAAGCUGCACAGUUUAUUGAUAUUAUUAGUGCUGUGCUCAGUUGCGUCUUCUGGUGUAGCCAGAAACCCCCAACAAGUUGAAAAGUGGUUCUCGGAGGUGGCUAUGGCGGAGCAGAAAGUGACCAGACUUCACUUUUACUUCCAUGAUAUCUUCGAUACCACCUCAGUCAACGUGGCGAAUGCACAAAUCACAAAGACUUCACCAACUAAAUUCGGCAUGUCUAACAUAAUGGAUGAUCCGUUAACAGUUGGACCCGAGUUUCAUUCCAAGCAGGUUGGUCGAGUACAGGGCCUAUUCUCCUCUUCAGAUAUGGAUGAAUUCAGCCUACUUUGUGCCAUGACAUUGGUGUUUACUGAGGGCAAGUACAAUGGCAGUACUCUAAGCAUUCUGGGUCGGAACCCAACCUUGCAGAAACACCGAGAAAUGCCCGUUGUUGGAGGAACGGGUGUUUUCAGGCUUGCAAGAGGAGUGGCGCUCUUGGAUUUCUAUUACUUUGACGUUCCGGCGGGUAAUGCUACUGUUGAGUACAAUGUAAUUGUUCAACAUUAUUAG